AAUAUAGUCAGCGGAAUGAUAGCACAGUUUCAAAGUUAUAAUAUUCGUUAUCUAUUAAAUCGAACAAAAGAUGCAAUUUAUUAUUUAAUGAUGCGUCGAUCCGAUCUUAUCUUCUGCUAUCUAUAACAUCCGUUUUGGUAACGAAUGAUACAGUUUUCAAAUAUAACCCUAUGAAUAUAUUGUUCCAUUCUUCCUCAAGGCACUUUUGAUAUGAUAAUAAAAAAUCGAGGUCAUCUGGACCAUCUCCACUCAGCUCCGUUGAACAUCUCGGCGUUUUAUCAAAUUUGGGAAUGCGAAGAACGAAAUAUCAUGGUUUAUGACUGAAAACAUCUUUUUUGUGAUUACUCGGGUAUUGUAUGGAAAUAUCCAAGUAGACGUUUCUGUUAAAAUUUCCGUCUACAAAGAUAUGGUAUUACGUAGUUUAAACGCGUGAAUCUAACCUAAUACAGUACUGGAAAACAUCUCGUGUCUGUCAGUAUAAUGUUGUUGCGAACGUACAAGUGGGGAUUAAACUGCCAAUUUAAACAGCUUGCUCGUAAUUUUGGAAUAUUAAAGCAUCAACCAGCUCUUGGAUUUGAACAUCAUGUUGCUAAACUGCCGAUAAUACAACAUGUUAGAUGUAAAUCUAACACUCCGAUGAAUACCAUUAUACUAUUUGUUCCACAACAAGAGGCAUGGGUUGUCGAAAGAAUGGGCAAGUUUCAUAGGAUUCUAAACCCAGGCUUAAACAUUCUUACACCAAUAAUUGAUAGAAUUAAAUAUGUUCAGUGUCUCAAAGAAAUAGCUAUAGAAAUACCUCAACAAAGUGCUGUUACCUCAGAUAAUGUAACGUUAAAUAUUGAUGGUGUGUUAUACUUAAGAGUAGUUAAUCCAUUUCUGGCUUCGUAUGGUGUUGAUGAUCCUGAGUUUGCCGUAGUUCAAAUAGCUCAAACUACAAUGCGAUCUGAACUAGGAAAAAUACCUUUGGAUAAUGUGUUCAGAGAAAGAGAAGGGCUCAAUGUUUGUAUCGUCGAGAGUAUAAAUAAAGCAAGUGAAGCUUGGGGAAUAGCUUGUCUAAGAUAUGAAAUACGUGACAUAAGACUACCUCCGAGAGUACAAGAAGCAAUGCAAAUGCAAGUGGAAGCAGAACGCAAGAAGAGAGCCGCAGUUUUAGAAUCAGAAGGAACUAGAGAAGCAGAAAUAAAUAUAGCAGAAGGAAAACGUUUAGCGCAGAUUCUAGCAUCCGAGGCUAUAAAACAAGAAGAAAUAAAUAAGGCGACUGGUACUGCACAGGCUUUAGUGGCCAUUGCGGAAGCACGUGCAAAGAGUUUAAAACUUGUGGCAAAUGCUCUCAAUAUAACAGACGCAAAAAAUGCAGCAGCAUAUAGUAUAGCAGAACAGUAUGUCAAAGCAUUCAACAAAUUGGCAAAGGUCAACAAUACUUUGAUCUUGCCCAGUAAUGUUUCUGAUGUGUCUUCCUUAGUAACACAAGCAAUGACGAUUUAUAAACAAGUUAUGUCACAGCCUACUUUAGAUAAUCCUGAUGCAAAAGAGAACAAAGAUGCUCUCAGUGUUGAUGACUCAGAUGAAUCUUUCGAAUAUUUCAGUGACAAAGAAGAAGCAGAGAAGCACAGAAGCAGCAAAAGAAAGCAAAAUCCUAAAUUCUAUCCUUAUAGAGAUGGGGAGAAAUAAUUAAUUAAGAGUCAAUAAUAACAAAACAAUUUUAUGCAAAGAUUCUUAAGUUAAAAUAGUUACAAGAAUAAUUAGUUUUUUAAAUGUGCAGUAGUGAAAUGAUUGGUAAAUUACUCUGAAUUUCUAUGA